AUGCCGGUGAUACAAUAUAUAAGAGCCUCCGUAUCCAGUCCAGUCAACCAGUUUGCCAGAAUCCUGUUCAGUAGUAAUACGGGCUACUGUGUAAUGGAGCUAUCCAAGGAAUCUUGUGGUGAUGAUAUUAGCGAUAUCAGUGAGGGAGCCGAAGAGAAGAAGAUAAAAGAGAAAAAAGAUACUACUUCAACUAGCAAGUCUAUUAUUGUUAAAAUAGAAAACCAUAUCCAUUCCAAUGAUGAAAAUGUGGCUUUGAGAAAGGGCAAUCAUCAGUUUCAGAUGCUUCACCAACAACCGGGCUCAUCAUCAAUGGCAUUACAUAUUGCAAUCUGUGCUCCUUCCUACUUCAAUAAUGAAAAUGAUGAGGUCUUGCGAAAGUGGAAUCAACUUCAAGCUUUUUGGGGGUUUGGUAAAGGUUAUUAUUCGUCCAAUAUGUCACCUGUAGAGUUCACAUCUGAAAAUCCAUAUUGUCGUUUCAAAGUAGUUUGCUAUACAAAAAUUCCCAAUUAUCGUAAUGAAGAUGGUAUUGUGCAAAUUAUAAUUGGAAGGGGCCUUUCAGAAGUGGAGGCCUACAAACAGGAAGUUAUUUCAGCAUUGAGUCUAUUAUUCGGAGGUAAUGAAGUUGUUGUUAAUGAAAUUUUUGCUGCUGAAGUACCAAACAAAACGAACUUCAGAUUUUACAUUCAGCAAGUUUUUCCUAAUGGAGAGAUUCAACGUGCAUCUACCACUGACACCUUUAGUCAUAUGUUAAGAGCAUCAUACAAUCCAAUUUUUAAGAUUAUUCCAAUGUUGACUUUAACUGAACAACAAAUGAAGAAAUAUCUUGAUACACCGCAAAGAGGAAUUGAUCCAGCAUUGUGGGAACUGGGCAAGCAAAAAAAUCCUGACCCAAAGAAAUUGAUACCUGUUGUAAAAGUGGGAUUUCAGGAAUUACAGAAACAGUUCAAGUAUCAAGAAGAAUAUGGCAAUAAAAUUCAUAAUAGUAUGAAGAAUAUUAUGGAUGAUAUAAGACAAUUAAGUUGUAUGCAGACGACAAUUAAAGUUACCAUUCAGAAUUUUAAGUUGAAACAGACAAAUAUAAUGCGCCGAGUUCUAAAAUUGGUGUCAGCACAAGAGGUUGAAAGGAAAAAAAUCUACCACUAG